GAAGGGUUUGGGCGAAUUCUGAAGAAAAGCCUCCGGAAUAACUGAGCUAGUAUACAUGAAAAGCACCUCGCCGAAUGAGAAAUUGUGUAAAUAUUUAUGACAAAAUAGUUUAGUCUACUCUCAAUCACGUUACAUGGUUAAAUAGUUUUGUAUCAUUUCGAAUGAUCAAUACGCCUGGUAACCCGACUGCCGUGUGACUUUCACAUAACCAGUUCAUAUCUAUCUAAACAAUGUGUGUUCAUCCCCAGGUACAUGCAAAUAUUGAAAUAUCCUAAAAUACUUUCAAAGCAUGAUUGUUAUAUCAAAAUUCAACCAGCCUUGUCUGAAGUGGUGGCAACCCCCAUACUACGAAUAAUUUUCGCUCCGUGCAGUACACAUGCAUAAAAUCGGAGCUACCUCUACACUCGUCGAUACCUUACAAAUACCUAAAUAACAUCUCCCAAAUAAUAUCUCCUAAAUACCCAUAUCUACCUCAUAAUGGAACGCUUGAACGGAAAGGUCACCCCCUUCAAACAACUCUUCCAUAAGUGGUGUGCGCUCCGCAACGUGCCGUGGCGCACCAAGUUCUUCAUCGGCUAUGACCUCAAUGGAAAUACCUACUGGGAGUGGACCAACGACGGCAACUUCUUACGUAUGCGCCGUAUUAAGGAAACGGUUAAGGAACGUGCAUUUAUUGCUGAUACGUUCGAUACCCCGCCGCAGUGGAUGCAGUGGCUCCGACACAUGCGUAAGGAGCAUCCGACGUUGGAGGAGUUAAUCGCCGACGAGCAAAGACAGAUUCGCAUCAAGGUUUUGGCACGGCAGGCGGACGAGCGCUGGAAGUUGGAGGGCGAGAAAAUGAAGCGCGAGCACGAGGCGGCGUUGCUGGCGGAGUUGGGCAAGAUCAAUGCCCAGGGGAUCCCGCGUACCCAGGGUGAGGAGAAUAUUCAAGACCCUCAGUCCGGUGAGUCAAACCCGUGGGCCGGCUCGGAGCUGAAGGAAGACCCUAUCGAGGCUGCUGUGAUCAAACCAAGACGUUAGGAUAGUUACUCGUGUAUAUAGGUGUCCUGGCAGGAUACUUGAUGUCUUGAAAGAUUUGUAAUGUGAUAUUAGAUUGAUUUGGAUCGUGGGCACUGUUUUUUGUACGUCACCAGUGGGGUGAAGGUGACUCACAUAUAGGCAGGGGAAUAUUUAUGCGAUCAACAAAAUUCAUCCAUGAGUGGAGGAUUAGAUAAUUUAUAUAUCAAUGAUUUCGUCUUGGGAUGUAUCUA